AUGGCGACUUCCUCUCGUCGAGUUCCGCUGGCCAGCAUUUCCAAUGCUACCAACUCUCCCCACCGUCCACUCACCAACAGCAGCUCUAAGCGACCCAGGAGCAUAGCCAAUGUGUCUCAGCAGGAGAAUGAACCUCCUCACAAACGCCUCGCCAUCGACAGGACCGGUCGCGAGGUCUUCAAUCCAGCGACCCCUCAGAAACAAUCCCAUCCGCCCUUGCCGGAGGGUCGCGUCUUUGAAAGAGGCCAUGGAGAGUCUGCUUCGACAGCUUUCCAAAGAAGACUGGUGGCUGCCAGGGACAGAGACCGCACUGCAGGUCUUCGUGUGACCAAGAAUGUUGAUACUCUUCCCAAAGAAGACACGGCCGAGUUCAAAGCGUGGCAACGACAUUAUCGAAAAUUGUUUCCCUCCUUCAGGUUCUACUUUGAUGGAUUUCCCGAGGAUGUCAAGUCACGCUUCCUCCGGCACAUAACAGCUCUCGGGGCAAAAGAAGAAAAGUUCUUUUCAAAAGCCGUCACCCACAUCGUAACAGCUCGCCAUAUUCCAGCGGAGCUGGCUAAGAACACUUCCCCUGGAGAAGAAUCUGCGCAAACAUCUCCGACUGAAGACCAGCCUCAAACCAUCAAUCCAUCUUUGCUCGAAAAGAACCCUCGCGGAUCUGCCGGCCCCAAUGUGACGCGCACUACCGUCAACCCGAUGGAUAUCCUUGUUAGAGGGAAAGAGAUGGGCAUGAAAAUCUAUUCCAUUGACAAGCUGCAAAGAGUACUCAACUCUAUUCUCGAUGACGCGGCAAAUCAUGGCCAUCAUACCCGAGCAUCAGCACAUACCACGCGACAUCAGCGUGAAGACUUGGGGGAAGUUUUGAGAAAUGAGAAACUCGGCGUCGCGUCGGAGAGGGAACUCCCAUUUAUGUCUUUGGUCGCGUUCAAAGGUCCAUUCAUCUAUGUUCAUGACAUGGAUGAAAAGCACCGUCCCACCUUGGUCAGGGAGUAUCCGAAGGUGGCACGGAGGGCUGAUGGCGAAUGGCCUCAAUUUCGAUCUGCCAGUGUUGGGAAAUGUCCAUUCGUUGAGGACCCUGCUAUGAAGAAGGAUAUCGAGCAGGAACAGAAACGAGCCCAGAAGCUUGCCUUGCAGCAGGAACAACAGCGUCAGCAACAGCAACGGCGUGAACAACAUGUACCUCGCACCCGAUCCCAUGUUACUGUUGCCGCCGCAGGUCACGAUGCUCCCCGACGUGCUAGCCCAAGGAAGGCCCUGCAAACGGUCGACAAUGGUGCAAAUGCAUCCGUCGAUCUAGAGAAGGAGAAGGAAUCCAAGAGCCACUCGCUUGUUAUGGAACGUCAGCCAUCAUUCCCUCCCAUGCCGAGGCGAGGCGACCUCGAAUUUGUCCGCCCGCCGCAGCUACACAUGGCUCGAGAACCUGCAGCAUCCGGGAUCCAGAGAUCCAAUCUUACAUCGGCUAUUCAAUCCCAGGUGAUUUCUUCGACAGCGGCCACGGGAGCCAAAGCCGGCACGAGCAAAGAGGUGCAUCACCAAUUGCAGCGCCAGGUCCUUGAGCGCACCCAUACUGGAAGCCUUUCUGUUGGGUCUAUUCCGUCAUCCCACCGCAUGAAUGACCUUGCCGGGGUUCUUAAGAAUGCCCGGGGUACCGCUCCGCAAAGGGCAGCCAAAAGCAAAGCACAAGAGAAAUUGGGCGGGAUCCAAGAAGAAGCAGACUCCCAUGCCGAUGACAUCGCGGCUGAACGCGCCACACAUACGUCGAGGAAGAAGAAGUCUGUCAAGAAGGAGGCCAAGCCAGGGUACUGCGAGAAUUGCCGUGACAAAUAUGAUGACUUUGACGAGCAUAUUGUGUCCCGUAAGCACCGAAAGUUUGCAAUGACUCAGUCGAAUUGGACGGAACUUGACGCCCUUCUCGCAAAGCUCCAAGCCUCUUGA